AUGUAAUAAUAAUAAAAACAAGCAAUUCAAGAAAGACGUAGAAGAAGUGGAGCUUUGCAUGCUUAAACCUGUGAAGAAUAUUUAAAAGUACUAACAACCAUAAAAUAUAAUACAGAAAUAUGAAUAAAUUGGACAAAUUAAAAUAAGGGAAAGCUAAAGAAAAAAAAGUUUGUCAGAAUCGGCGUUUCUUAAUUUUGAUUUCAUACCAGCUGAUGAGGGAGUUGAAGAUAUCACUCAAUUGAAGAUUUUCAUUUACUCUCCAAAGUUAAAACUCAAUGAAUAAGAAUUCUUGCAAAUAUUGAAACGAAAUAGAAAUCGCUCAAUAACAACAGACAAUUUUCCCAAUAAAUCCUUUACCUUCGAUUUUGACUUCUUCUAUAGAGAGUAUGAAGUUAAUGAAUCUCAAUUUGGGCUGCAUUUUUGGGUUUAAAACAACAUCAAAAAUAAGCAUUCAUUAUUCUUUCAGUGUAAUUAAAUUGUAUUUACAAAAAUUUUAGAAUGUUAUUUUAAAGUAUUUAAUGCAGCAAUUCUAUUAGAAAGAGAUGCAAUUGUUGAGUAACAAAUCAGAAAUGCUAACCCCAAUUGCAUGAUUAAGAUUUUCCCAUUAGUAAGGACAUUAUAUAUUUUAGAUCGAUGAAUUGCUGAUGGAAUCAUUGUAGUCUAUCAUAGCUGAAGUAAAUUAUAUUAAACAUAUAAAAGAUAUGCCAUAUUCACAUUAAAUCUUGA